GCAGGGGCUCGUGCUGGUCUGUGUCGGGUUUGUGAGGAGUGGCAGCCCCAAAUGCCAAUUUAAGCCGUGGGGCAACUGAAUACUCAGCCAUGGCAUCAUUAGCUGGUGGGUUAGAUGACAUGAAGGCCAACAUAACCAGCCCUACUUCUGCAGAUUUGGGAGCGAGCGUUCCUGGACCUCAGUCCUAUCCUAUCGUCACGGGUCGCGAGCUGGCAAGCACAACCCUCCCAGGAUACCCCCCGCAUGUCCCUCCCGCCGGACAGGGCAGCUACUCCGCUCCCGCACUGACAGGAAUGGUGCCGGGGAGCGAGUUUUCUGGGAGCCCAUACAGCCACCCACAAUAUUCAACGUACAACGACUCCUGGAGAUUUCCCAACCCCGGACUCCUGGGCUCCCCGUACUACUACAGCGCCGCAGCCCGUGGGGCAGCCCCCCGGGCCCCCGCGGCUCCCUACGACCGACACUGA